AUGCAUCGAAGCCGAACGCGCUUAACGCAAAUUUUUCACACCUCCAUAGCUCUUCUAUUGGUUUCAACGAUUUUCUGUCAGAAUGGCCCCGCCCACAAUCACACAGCCGACCAAAUCAGCAGCUAUUGGAGCAAUCGGAGCCAGACAAUGUAUUCAAAUGCGUCGAGUUUGUUGAGUGAUCUGUUAUCGGAUUACGAUAUUAGGUUGAGGCCUGGAUUUGGAGGCGACGCACUUCUUCUCACCAUGGACAUCAUCAUUGCAUCGUUCGAUUCGAUUUCGGAAGUUGAUAUGGACUACACUCUGACCAUGUAUCUACACCAAUAUUGGACAGAUGAACGGUUACGGUGGAGUAAUGAGAUCCCAAUUGAUGAGAUGACACUUAGCGGGGAGUUUUCGCAAAACAUCUGGGUACCCGACACCUUCUUGGCCAACGACAAACACUCAUAUCUACACGAAGUAACCGAACGAAAUAAAAUGCUAAGGGUCAAUGUAGACGGAAAAGUUGCAUAUGGAAUGCGUUUAACGUCUACAUUAAGUUGUUCGAUGAAUUUGAGGAAUUUCCCAUUGGAUUCACAGAAUUGUACCGUUGAAAUUGAGUCGUAUGGCUACACAACAUCCGAGGUUCUAAUGAAAUGGAACUACCCACUGGCAGUUCAUGGUGUCGAACAAGCCGAUGUCCCUCAAUUCACAAUCACCGGAUUCCACACUGAAGAUUCUAUUGUGUCCACGGCCACCGGCUCUUACCAAAGGCUCAGUUUAGUCUUCCAACUCCGUCGAUCAGUUGGAUAUUUCAUUUUCCAAACAUAUCUACCAUGUGUUCUGAUUGUGAUGCUCUCUUGGGUAUCUUUCUGGAUCAACCAUGAGGCCACAAGUGCCCGUGUAGCUCUUGGCAUCACUACUGUACUCACUAUGACCACAAUUUCCACGGGUGUCAGGCAGAGUUUACCCAGGAUUAGCUAUGUAAAGAGUAUCGAUAUUUAUUUGGUAAUGUGUUUUGUGUUCGUCUUUGCUGCACUUCUGGAGUACGCAGCUGUUAACUACUCCUAUUGGGGCAGAGAAAGAGGAAGGGGUGGCGGUGGAAAUGAAUGGCCCGUGAAUGGGGCGAACAAGGAGGACCGCGAAUCGGCGGUGAAUGUGCAGAAGUGGGUGCCGAGUGGAUUGAUGGACGGCGUCCCACAACCCCAAGACCGACGAGUAGAAGCUUUGGAAGAGGCCAUGGGAAGCAGUAAUACGGCUUCGAAAUCUUCCCCUGUAAAACCCAAAAAACGCUCCUCCUCCCCAAUCCCACCUCUCUGCCGGUCCGGGAACACCAUUAGCGAGGAGGCGGACGAAGUUCCAGAUUAUCCAAGAUACUCAUCGACGUCUCUGAAAGGAGGACGACCCCAUGCAUCCCUAAAUCAUCGAACACAUCAUAUGAGAGGCUCACAUAGCGCAAGAGCCAAACGACGGAUGACACUUGCCAGAAUGAAUGUAUCCAUGAAACAGUCAAUAUCAGGCAUCGGGCGACGUGCUAGGAAAGUAAUCCCUUCGAUUCGUGUCCGAGAUGUCAACCUUAUCGAUAAAUACUCACGGGUCGUGUUUCCACCUCUUCUACUGGAGCUACUACAUGAUGGCUGGAGCGACAACAUAACUUCUUUUUUAAUCUUUUUUUUCUAUUUUUAA